AUGCUGAACCAUCUAGCGAUCUACCCGAAGUCUAUCGCGGCCAGGGUAACCUGCCCUAGUACCCUACAGUGUCACCCAAAAUAUCUUCAAAGACUUGCUACCGCUCGACCACGACCAAUCCUCCAAAGGCUACCGUACUCGACCGGCGGCUAUGGCGAUAGCGAUGGCAAGGGCGACCCCGAAGGCAAGAAUCCGACCGCGCAAGGCGUGAAUCGUCGGACUCGAGAGAUGGAGCAUCCAGGACCGUCACCUCCGGAUACGAGAUCAGCGAAGUCGAAGUCUUCCGAGGCUUCAAAGACCUCUUCCAACCCAACAAGCGGAAACAAAAAGAACAUUCCUCGAUCAGCGAAGGAAGAACUCAACAACGACAAGAAAUGA